GACAACAUUCGCGUUUCUCGCCGCGUCGGAAAGGAGAACGACCCGAAGAUGAUUGGCCUUUGGAAAAUCGGAAGAACCAUUGGAAAGGGCAGCUCAGGACGUGUGCGCAUAGCUCGUCACUCGAAGACCGGCCAAUACGCCGCGGUCAAGAUCGUCUCCAAGAGCGUGCUCAACUCCCGUCUCUCGCUGAGACAUAUGGAUGAAGAAGCCAAGCGUGUUCUGCACGGCAUCGAGCGCGAAAUCGUGAUCAUGAAGCUGAUCGAGCACCCGAACAUUAUGCGCCUCUACGACGUUUGGGAGACAUCUACGGAGCUGUACCUCAUCCUCGAGUAUGUCGAAGGCGGCGAACUUUUCGACUACCUUUGCGACAAGGGCCGUCUCUCUACCUCCGAAGCGCUUGGGCAUUUCCAACAGAUAAUCACCGCCGUGAACUAUUGCCACCGCUUCAACGUCGCACAUCGCGACCUCAAGCCCGAAAACUUGCUCCUCGAUCGCGAUGGGAACAUCAAGGUAGCGGAUUUCGGCAUGGCCGCGUGGCAAGGCAAGAGCGAUCUACUACAGACUGCAUGCGGCAGCCCACACUAUGCCGCGCCCGAGGUCAUCAUGGGCAAGUCGUACAACGGUGCUUGCUCUGACGUGUGGUCGUGCGGUGUAAUUCUCUACGCGCUGCUCGCUGGUCGGUUACCAUUCGACGACGAAGACCUCGGCAUGCUCCUUGAGAAGGUCAAGAUCGGCAAGUACAUCAUGCCUAGGGAAGUUGACUCCCGCGCACAGGACUUGAUCUCGCGAAUGCUCGAGAAGGACGUCACGAAGCGCAUCACUGUGGACGAGAUCCUCAAGCAUCCCUUCUAUACGUCUCAACCCCCGAAGGUGAUGCCCUACGAGGCCCCCAGCCUCGAUGAUAUUGCGCGUCCUCUACCCAGCGACGAUGACGUUGACUCAGACAUUCUUGCAAACCUCCGUACCCUUUGGCCGGGAGUCUCCGACGUGCAGCUCAAGGAGAACCUCACUAGCGACAAACAGACCCGGGAGAAGGGCGUUUACCACCUGCUUGUCCGCUAUCGCGCCAAGCGUCUAGAGAACUACGACGAGGACGAGGAGAAGCAAGCGGAACAGCGGAGGACCAAGAAGGCCAAGAAGAAGAGCCAGCGAGUCAGGAUCGCUGAGGAUCUUCCACCGCGCACUGGACCGCCCACUCCCCGUCGGGCACGCAGGUCUGAGCCUGACACCACUCCUGAGAGCAACGUUCGCCAGCUGACCGCAACUGGGUCCGAAGUCUUCACCCCCGAUGUGACAUCGUCUGCCCGGGGAGAUUUUAGCGACGUCGAGUCCCUCGCCUCCCCCGAUGCUAGCCAGCUCAAUGCCCCGGAGAUGCGCGACGAGCGCAUCCAGAACUUCUUCCAGCAGAUCGUCGAGCACCUCAACGUCAUGCAGACCAGCGGCCGUUCGAACCAGAAGCGGUCCACGGGAAGCGCGGCACCUUCUCCUGCCGCGACAGCGCCGCCGCCGCCUACGCCGUUGACUGUCAAUCUCGGUACGCCAUUCAACGUGCGCGCGGGCACGGGCGACUACCUUGCAGGCAUGGAUACCUUCGCGGAUAUGGUACGCGCAGGCAAAACGACACGUCCACUCAGCAUCCGACGGCGCCACACGGACAAGGAGAACGUGUCGGAGUACUUGUCAGCAGAUCAGCACUGGCCGGAACGCAAGUCGUCGCUGCGGAGCAGUAGCACAGCGGACAGCGGCCGCACCGAUAAGCGCGUUUCAAUCGUCGAGCCAUCCAUCAACGCUAAGGGGCGGGGCAGAGACUCGAAGCUGCGCAAGAAGUACAGCACCCGGUCAGAUCGAUCGACCAGUUCGUCUGGUUCGUCCUCCGGAGACAGUGGAUCGUACUUCUUAAACUCGACGCCGAAACGCAGCUGGUUCGGGGGCUUCUUCCGCUUCGGACCUGCGUCGUACCAGCUGCUCUCCACCCAGGACGCACAGGUUACGCGGAGCGAGUGCAAGCGGAUCCUCGAGGAAAUGGGCGUUACUGCAACGCUCGUGCAGGCGGAGGGCAUGGGAAUACUCAAGUGCAGGCUGGAGGAGACGCGAGACCCGGCGGGGGCGAUGGUAACGGUCAAGCCUGUGAAAUUCCGUGUGGAGAUGCGGAUACCGACCACGGUGCAGGCAGUCGCUGGAUUUACUGUGGCACUGAACGUAGUGAUGGAGAAGGGCGCGCAUUCGAGUUUCAAGCUUAUUUACGGGAGACUAAGGAGGGAGUGGGAGCUCGAUGCGUCGCCGUCGGGAUAUGUGAUGGAAUGUCGCGCGGAAGAUGACGAUAGGUUUGUCGAAGUGGUGUAUGCGUCAUAGAUAAUGUUCAAUUUAUUUUUCGUCGUCUGGACGUCCCGAGAGCAAAUGCUCAUGGAGUCUGUGUUCUGUGAUAUGGUAAUUCUGUAAUCAUCCAGGGUAGUCGAGAUUAUUGUACAGAUGAUUGUGCAGGAAUUUCAUCCAUCCCCGUGAUCGUUGAAGAGAAGCGAGAGAUAGGAUCGAGUAAUAAAGGUGCUUCGAGCUCAUCCAUGACAACAUCCUCCGAAUUCGCCGAUGGAGCGUUUGUUGCUGCGAUUAUUGGCUGCGGCUUCGGAAGCUUAGGUAGCGAAGGGUGAUUACCCCACCUUGCCACAGCGAAGGCCUCGGACGAGGAGCUGAAGAUUCGGAUGGAGCGCAGCUGUUUUAUAAAUGAUGGCGACUUUUGAUCCCACUGUUUAAACAGAGCUACAUUGGCUGGCUCUGUGAGAUCUAUGACCUCUGUAAAGAAGUGAGUGAGGGAGCGGUACGGAGCGAUGCUGCACAGAGCGCACCUAGACCCGUGCGAUACUCUUCGCUCUCUCGUAGCUUUAGCUCCUCAAUCUUCUGUUCCUUAGCACUCUUCGGGCGACCAGGUCUUCUCGCGGCCUUUUCCUCUUCGAGCAUUCCGUCGUACCUAGCAAGCCAGACGUUGCGUACUAUCGUAUGAAGGUCCUCGAGAGUUAGGACCCCCUCCCGCGGUGUCGCAUGAAAAAAGAAGCUGUGGAUAUCCGCUAAGUCACACUCUUAGCGAC